CUCCCGGGGAGGAGACGCUGCUCCAGCCGGAGGCAGGAUGGUUGCUACCUAGGGCGGCCGGCAGCGCCUCCCGCAGGGCCCAGGGCCGCCCCUCGCCCCAGGGUCGCCGGUCCCUAGUGCGGCCCAGGCUUCCCGGCCGGCCGGCCGGCCCCUCCCAGCCCAGGAAGACGUCCCCCGAGCCCCCUCAGCCCUCCGCCUCCCCUUUUCUCCCUUUCUCCCCGCUCCUGGCAGGCUGCAGCCGUCUCCGCCUCGUGUCCCCUCCUUCCUCGAGCUCUGGCCAAGGCUGCCCCAGUGGGGGCUAAAGCUUCCCGGCUACCCUGGAUCUGGAGGCCGGGACCAGCUCUUCAGGUGACAGGCCUCUGUGUCUCCACAGUGGGCAGAGGCGAGCCUGCCUGGCUGAUGAGCAAGGCUCGACUUUGUCACCAAGGCAGAGAAGGGGCUUGAGUAAAUGACCCCGGCGGCCCCCACCCCUUGCCUGGCGUGAGAGUAGGGUCUUCUCUGGCCCAGCUUUUGACUGAAGCUGGUCUGGGGACAGGGGCGUUAGAGAAGUGACUCAUAGAUGCCCUAAAGAAGCGGGGCCACUCAAGGACCCAGGACAGAGGGAAGAGGGCUGACCCAGCUGGACUGCAGGCAAACCCCAUGGCCUUUGAGGGAACUGAGAAGAGGACCCGGUGAAACAUGCUGCUGCUGAAGAAACACACGGAGGACAUCAGCAGCGUCUAUGAGAUCCGCGACAGGCUCGGCUCGGGUGCCUUCUCCGAGGUGGUGCUGGCCCAGGAGCGGGGCUCUGCACACCUGGUGGCCCUCAAGUGCAUCCCCAAGAAGGCCCUCCGGGGCAAGGAGGCCCUGGUGGAGAACGAGAUCGCAGUGCUCCGUAGGAUCAGUCACCCCAACAUUGUCGCUCUGGAGGAUGUCCACGAGAGCCCUUCCCACCUCUACCUGGCCAUGGAACUGGUGACGGGUGGCGAGCUGUUUGACCGCAUCAUGGAGCGCGGCUCCUACACAGAGAAGGAUGCCAGCCAUCUGGUGGGUCAGGUCCUCGGCGCCGUCUCCUACCUGCACAGCCUGGGGAUUGUGCACCGGGACCUCAAGCCCGAAAACCUCCUGUAUGCCACGCCCUUUGAGGACUCAAAGAUCAUGGUCUCUGACUUUGGACUCUCCAAAAUCCAGGCUGGCAACAUGCUAGGCACCGCCUGUGGGACCCCCGGAUAUGUGGCCCCAGAGCUCUUGGAGCAGAAACCCUACGGGAAGGCCGUAGAUGUGUGGGCACUGGGCGUCAUCUCCUACAUCCUGCUGUGUGGGUAUCCCCCUUUCUACGACGAGAGCGACCCUGAACUCUUCAACCAGAUCCUGAGGGCCAGCUAUGAGUUUGACUCUCCUUUCUGGGAUGACAUCUCAGAAUCAGCCAAAGACUUCAUCCGGCACCUUCUGGAGCGAGACCCCCAGAAAAGGUUCACCUGCCAGCAGGCCUUGCAGCAUCUUUGGAUCUCUGGGGACACAGCCUUCGACAGGGACAUCUUAGGCUCUGUCAGUGAGCAGAUCCAGAAGAACUUUGCUCGGAUGCACUGGAAGCGAGCCUUCAACGCCACCUCAUUCCUGCGCCACAUCCGGAAGCUGGGGCAGAGCCCAGAGGCUGAGGGGGCCUCUGAGCAGGGCCUGGCCCGCCACAGCCACUCAGGCCUCCAUGCUGUCCAGCCCCCCAAGUGGUGAUCUCCAGGCGGAUGCCAAGGCCAAGUGGACUGACCCCUGGAUUUCCUUCCCUUGGAUGCUUUUGGUCCCCUCCCCCAACCCUUCACCCCUGGGGCUGGCCUCUGCUGGAGUUUGAGAUUCGAGGGUGUGGCGCAUGGUGCUGGGGUUGGAAUGGAGCACCCCCAAGUCUGUCCUCAGGCUCUGCCCUGCCUGGGGGCAGUGGAUCCCCUCCCCUGUUGCCUCUCCCGCCCCUGCCCCCCACCCCACCAAAAGCCGAGCAGGUGCGGCAGGCGGGUCUCAGGGCUGUCUUUCCUGCACGGCUGUUCUGUGCUUCGCUGAGUAGGGGUGGUCCUGCUUCUGUCAUGGUCAUGGCCUUCCAGCCCCCUCCAGUUUCCCCCAAACAAAUAAAGAAAGAUACAGCAA